GCUUUAUCGACCAUUGGUGCCCACUAAUCGAACUUGCUUUUGACAUAUGAAUUUGAUGAAAUUGACAUUAAAAGUUGCUCGUCAUUCGUAAAAGGCAACGAAAAUCUAAAAGAAAUUGAAUUGAAAAUUAUUUCAAUUGGAUAACUAUUUGUGAAGUUUUCAACUUAAAGGAAAAAAUGUUCGGUCGUCAGAGCGGUAUCGGUGGUGGAAAUACUAGCAGUAGCUCCAAUUUAGUGGAGUUUCGUGCAGGUCGGAUGAAUAUGAUAGGCAAAAUGGUCCAUCCAGAUGCUCGCAAAGGUCUAGUGUAUCUAACACAGAGUGAAGAUGGUCUUAUGCAUUUUUGCUGGAAGGAUCGCACCACUGGCAAGGUUGAGGAUGACUUAAUUGUUUUUCCGGACGAUUUUGAAUUUAAACGCGUUGAGCAAUGCAAAACUGGACGCGUAUAUGUAUUAAAAUUUAAGUCAUCUUCACGGCGCAUGUUUUUCUGGAUGCAAGAACCAAAAGUCGAAAAAGACGAUGAGCUAUGUCGUCGUGUAAACGAACUAAUGAAUAACCCACCUUCACAACAACGUAAUAAUAGUGAUAAUGGCGAUUUACAGUACAUGUUGAACAAUAUGUCACAGCAGCAACUAAUGCAACUGUUCGGUGGUGUUGGUCAAAUGGGCGGACUAACCUCUUUAUUGGGUUCAAUGAACCGUGCUGAAAAUAGCUCGCGUACACCUGCGCGCCAAAGCAGCAAUAGUACUGCAAGUAAUCUGCUCACACCAGAAUCAAAUACGGCACCUAAAACUCCUUCAGCACCAAAAGGAAAGGGUAAUAGAAGUGCUGCCGGUGCAACUUCUACCAAUAUCAAUGCAAACUUAUCAACCCCAGGCAGUCGUACCAUAAGUGUUGAUUUAUCCACUGCUCUAACUGGUUCGGAGGCUAUUAAUCAAAUAAUAUCAGAUCCAGAACGAGCAAAAACUUUAUCAGUACACCUGCCUGAAAGCGAAGAUGCCGAUGAAAAUAAAAAACAGCAAAUUAAGGAUACAAUUGCUUCACCGCAAUUCCAACAAGCUCUAUCUUUGUUCUCAAAUGCUCUACAAUCUGCACAGCUCGGCCCUGUGGUCUCACAAUUUGAACUAACACCAGAAGCUGUGGCAGCUGCAUAUGCAGGUAAUUUGGAGGAUUUCGUUAAGGCUUUAGAGAAAUCACUGCCAGCCGGUGCUACCAUGGAUACUGCUAAAGCAGCCAAAGAACCCGAGAAAGACAAGGAGCCAUUGAAAAAUAAUGAAAGCGAAGAUAAUAAAACUGAUAAAAAAUAAUAGUUAUCAAUUUAAAUACAUAUGUGUCAAACAAUUAAAUGAGACAACAAAAAUAUAAAUAUAUGAUUUUCCAUUAAAAUAUAUAAUAUAUAGUAAUUA